AUGACUACGGAUGUGCUAUCGUAUCCUGCAAUCAAUCCAGCCAGUCCGCAAUACCGUGACGAUUAUGCGUGGCCGCAGGAUUUUGUGACGAGCGGUCCGUCCACCCUACCGAGAUACCUCUCGCCGGAGGAGACUCACACAAGACCAACAAGAUCAGCGUCGUUUGCCUCACUCCCAGGUUCCAUGGCAAGCUUCAGUACACAAUCGGAGGUUUCCAGAAGUGUGUCGCCGAAUGCAGGUGAGAUGGCUCGAUGGGGCUACGAGGUUGCGGAAGGUGAUUGGAAGUGCUCAUACCAGGGUUGCACGUCUAAGUCUACGUUCACCCGAGGUUGCGACUUGCGUAAACAUUACAAAAGACAUACCAAGUCUCUGUUCUGCCGUCACGAAGGCUGCCCUCAGUCGAUGGGAGGCGGCUUCUCCAGUAAGAAGGACCGCGCGCGGCACGAGGCGAAGCACAAUCCGACAAUAUCCUGCGAAUUGGAUGACUGUCCGCGAUUAUUUAGCAGGGUUGAUAAUAUGAAGGACCACGUAAGGCGCGUGCAUAAGCGGAGCGCGGUUCACCAAUGA